CUCACACUGACACCACGGUUAAGAAUAGGUGCAUCAAUUAGCGCCGACCCACCCGCUGGCUUUUUUGCUUCUGGACUUGUCCCAGAGGUACGUACCUCCACCAGUGACCCCCCCCUGCGGCGAAGCUAAGACAAGCCCCCAGCCAGCCUGCCAACCAGCCAAAAAAGACGGACCCACUCAUCAUCGUCAGAAUCUUCUCUCUAAUGAAAGGUGGAUCCCCCAAAGAAGUGGGGACGCCUUUUUCCACGCAAUGCAUUUCCAGACGCCGCGCUAGUGCUAGCACCACCAGCAGGUACGUACCCUCGCCGCUACGAAGCCUGCAUCUGGUUAUCUAUCUCAACUCGCCCACCUUAAACGUCGUCUUGCAUCUUAUACACUAUCCACCUGGACGACUCGACACUCCUUGGUAUACCAUCUCGCCUCUUCUUUUCCCAGGAUCCAUCGUCUUCUUGCUUUCUACAAUCGUCCUUGUAUACCUUUUUUAUUAUCUUCUUCCUUCUUCUUCUCUCUCUUGAUCUUGCACUGCUUCUAUCGCUUCGUUGACUUCGAAUCGAUAUCACCAGUCCUCGACCAUUUGCCAAUAUAAUAAAAAAUAUUUGCGCUUUCCGCCUGCAUCUUGACCCGUUGAUUCGGUUGUUGAGAUUGUAUACUUGAUUGUCUUCUGCUAUCGUCACCCGUCAGCAGUUCUUUCUCUCCUCCACACACAGAGACACACGACCACCAUGCAGCACCAUGCGCAAUUCACAUACCCUUCGCCUCCUGCCUCGCCCGCGUACGACAACUCCAGAUGCGCCCCUCAACAACAACAUUUCCAGCCUGUUCGAUGCAUCCCGCUCGCUCCUGAAGCGAGGCUAGGUCGUCUCCUUGAAGGCACUCUCCAGCUUACAGAUAUCCUUGGCACCGGUGCCUACGGCGUCGUCUACUCGGCUGUCGAUAUCAAGACGGGCAUCCGCUAUGCCGUCAAGUGCCUAAGCAAGUUUAACGCCGACGGCACUCCCCUUGAGCGCCGCCAGGUUGCCUACCAGCAGCGUGAAAUCCGCCUUCACUACACUGCCUCAGCGCACCCCAACGUCGUCUCCAUGCACCAGAUCAUCGAAGAUGUCGACUGCAUGUACGUCGUCAUGGAGUACUGCCCCGAGGGCGACCUGUUCCUCAACAUCACCGAGCGUGGCCAGUACGUUGGCAACGACUUCAUGGCCAAGAAGAUCUUCCUCCAGAUCCUCGACGCCGUUGAGCACUGCCACAAGCUCGGCAUCUACCACCGCGACCUGAAGCCUGAGAACGUCUUGGUGACUGACCAGGGCGAGACCGUCAAGCUUGCCGACUUUGGCCUGGCUACUGCCGAGGACCGCUCUGAGGACUAUGGCUGCGGCUCUACCUUCUACAUGAGUCCCGAGUGCCUCGACCCUUCUGCCCGCAAGCCCUACUACAUGUGCGCUCCCAACGACAUCUGGAGUCUCGGCGUCAUCCUCGUCAACCUCACCUGUGGCCGCAACCCAUGGAAGCAGGCUUCUCUCCAGGACUCUACCUACCGCGCCUACAUCCGCUCUCCCGGCUUCCUCAAGACCAUCCUCCCUCUCUCUGAUGAUCUCAACGACAUCCUUGGCCGCAUCUUCCACCCCAACCCCGAAUUCCGUGUCGGCAUUUCUGAGCUUCGCUGCCGCAUCAUGGCCUGCACCAACUUCACCAUGCCGGCUCCGGCCGCUAUUGCUACUCCUCCUGCCAGCCCCCAGCAGCAGAUCCUCGAGUACUCUUGCGAAGAGGACGCCAUUGUCGACGACUACGACUACGAUGAGGCCCUCUCCCCUGCCUCUUCCUGCUCCGACGAGGGCUCUCUCACUUCUGAUGGCUCUACGCUCUCCGACCUCGACGAGGACUUUGUCCAGGAGCAGCAGCACCUCGAGCCCCAAGUUGCUUUCGCCUCUUCGCCUGUUGGCUACGAGUCUGAGCAGCCCCAGCUCAUCCAGCCCGAGCCCGUCGUCUACCAGGAAUUCAUCCCCCAGUACACGGGGCCCAUCCUCCCCUCCCAGGCUGCGCUCUGCCAACCAAAGCAGGCAGCGGUUCCCAUCAUCCAACCGCCCUGCCAGCCCAAGUCCUUCUUCCCUCUCUGGGAAGUGGUCAGGUUUGUUCAGCAGGCCCCCAUGGCCCAGCAUGUUCAACAGAUGCACCAGCCCGUCCCCUUCCUCCCAACCUUCCGAGGCUACUAGAUGCCGCCCUCCUCAUCACCACCCCCUUCUUCCUGUACAAAGAACUGUGUUUGCCUCCGCGGGCCCACUGCACACUGAUUUUUCUUCGCUUCUCGUCGUUCUGCCGGUCAGGAUGAAGCAGGCCCGCUGCCUCGCCUCCAUCUCCAGCCAUAAUUGUGCUGGCACGACUCACAACCUCUUCAAUCACAAACACAUUACUACUACUACUUUGUUUUGACAAGCGUGGAGUUUAUUCUUUUCUUUUUAUUUUGGGAUUGCGAUCUUCUUUUGACACAGCAUGUCACACGGCGCAAAUAUCUUUUAUUUCUGGGAUUUAGCACUGCGGAACAGUACUUCACCAUCCACUUCCCAGAGUUCCUCCUUUGCUUUGAAGCAAAUCACGAUCAAAAUGACGAAUUACAAAAACAUCUUUUAAUCGCCAUUCAACUCUUUUCAAUCUUUUUUCUUUCAUUUCAGUCACAGGGUCAAAACCAUAAAGGUUGCCCUUACUUUUUUCCUUUAUCUGUUGAAAAUCCGAGAUGGCGCCAGACAAAAUGGGCCUCUUGAAAACUGUACGUGCUUACUUGUGAGAUAUGGGAAUUUUACAUAGAUUGAGCUUGAAGGCUCAAAGGCAAAAAGGCACCGGACUACUUUUUUUCUUUUUUUCUUUUUUUUUUCUUUAGCAAAGCAGCUUAGACAGAUUCCUUGCUACCAAAGAGACACAAAGUUUGCCCGCUAAACACUAUUCUGGCUUGGAGUGAUCAUCCUAAAUCGCCAUGCAGUGAACAUCUACAGUAAACGAAGGCAAAGUCAAUCCGUGACAACAAAUGGUACGUACUAAAACACUAAACCAGCCUAGCCACGAAACUUUACUAUGUACGAACUAACUUUGGGUUUGGAUAAUACUUGGUACGUCUGUCCCUGCCAACUAUCUGCAGCCGAACUUUGUACUGUAGUACUCUCUGCCAGCCCAGAAGUAUACGAUCUUCGUUUCGGGAAUUAAAAAUUCCUCAGGAUGAAAGCGGGCAGCAGGCUAAGACGAAACGGGUUGGAGGGUUGCAUCGGCUACGACUCUAGCGUUGCGGCAGAAGCGACAGAAGGUGGAACUAGUGAUUUUGGGGGGGGGAGAAGGCGUCCUUGUCAAACAGGCCCUUUGGUACGCACGCGCUCGCACUGAUGCGGCUGGGGGACGCCAAGUACAGCAAACUAACGUAGUGGGUGUCGCAGGAUCAGCGGCUUGGGCUUGGGUUGGGCCCUGCGCUGUGGUGCGAUUGUGCGUUAGUCUCUGACGCCUCAAGUCCCGACUGGAUGGAUGUGCCAUACACUAAGGCAGGCUAGCCUCUCUUUCUUUCUCUCUUGUUUGCCCCCCUCCUCCCCGCUUUGCCUUAGAGUUCUCUUGUGCGUCAUGAGCGCAAGGGUGCGUGUGUGCAUGCUGCUCGACGACGAAAAGGGUAGCAGCCCGAGCCAGCCGGUGGUGUUGCGAGGAUCAGCCGUGGCAUAUACAGUACGGAGAGUGUCCUUUCUUUUGCUACGGGCGUUAGGCUGAGCGCGAGGGAGGGUUGUGUAGAUGUUGCGGAUUGCGCUUCCUGCGUCAUAGAUCUACAUAGUGACGAACAGAGCAACGUUGAUGAGCGCAGGAUGACGAACUCGGUGGUAUGAGCACCAGAUGAUCGUUGUAUGCUCUGAAAUUAUCACAUAAUUCUUUUUCUUGGUGUUGAUCCAUGUACUUCCUUUUCAUGCGCCUGGAUCAUCGCGCACAUCCUCCGUCAUGGCAUAGCAUGUAGGUACAGUGG